CCACCUACUCCUGCAAAAUGAUUCUCCAAUAAGUCUUGAGGAAUCCUCAGAUCCUUUCUUCUCAUCCAUGGCUGACCCCAGAAGCAUCCACAAUAUACUGCAUAGGCCUGAACUGGGUUUAUCUUUGCGGUCUCCAAAGCCGGAAAUCACCUUGUCCCUUGCUCUGUCACCGUCUCCGGCCGUGUCAACACCGGAGGAAGGUCUGAAGCCUGAGGAAAGAGGCAUUUGUCUCAUCCAACUCCUCCUUAUCUGUGCCAAGCAUGCCUCCUCUGGUAACGUUCACAGAGCUGACGAGUGCCUCCGCCAGAUAUCCCAGCUUGCUUCCAUCUCCGGUGACUCCAUGCAGCGCCUCGCCACUAGGUUUGCCUCUGCCCUCGCCGUCCGCCUAGUUAAGCGGUGGCCGGGCCUGUACAAGGCCCUGAACUUGACCCAUCAAUGGCCCAAACAAGAAUUGGUUCGGGCUAAGCCCCUGCUUUCACAAGCCUUCCCUUACCUCGUCUUCGCCUACGCCAUCAUAACCCGAACACUGCUCCAAACCAUGGCGGAAGAGCGGAUGAUCCAUAUCGUCGAUUUGGGUUCCAGCGACGCCAAAUUCUGGGUUCCCCUUCUCCGGAGCUUUUCACGAUUGCCGAACCAAACCCCUCAUUUGAAGAUCACUUGCGUGAACAAUGACAAAAUCGCUCUGGAAAAUCUUGGGCGAAGACUUGUAAAAGAGGCAGAAUCCCUAAACAUGCCCUUCCAAUUCAACCCCAUAAACACCCGAUUAACUGAGCAAACAAUAGACAUGCUCAGAGUAAGAACAGGGGAAGCACUGGCUUUUAUAUCUGUACUGAAACUUCACGAAUUGCUGGCAGAAGACGACAGAGUUGUCGCCCAUUUCGGUGGCAGAAAUAAUAACAUACAUAAUGCCAUCAUCAAGGACUGCCGGCAAAUGGAUCAAUUCCUAUCAUCACUCCAUUCAAUGUCACCUAAAGUUCUCUUCUUAGUAGAGCAAGAAGCCGAUCACAAUCAGACCCGCUUAGUCGACCGAUUUGUGGAGGGUCUGCACUAUUACAGCGCAGUGUUCGACUCCAUAGACGCCACCUUGGCAGCAGCCGGUGAGGAAAGGGUGGAUUUGGAGGAAAUGUUCGGGAGGGAGAUAGAAAAUAUCGUGGCGUGCGAGGGGGUGGAGAGGGAGGAGAGGCAUGAGAGGUAUGGGAGGUGGAUGGUUCGGUUCGGACAAGUAGGGUUUAAGCCGGUCCGGAUGUGGUCCGACGCCAUGGAAGACGCGAAGAAGAUGGUGGAAACUUGUGGAAGAGAAGGGUAUAAGAUUGUAGAUGAGAGGGCGAGCUUGAUGAUUUGUUGGCAUGAUAGACCCCUGUACGCUGUUUCUGCAUGGACUUGUUAGCAGUUGAACAAAAUUUUAGUACUUUU